AUGUACGUAUAAUAACAAUAACAACCAGGAUACUAUUAACAACCCUAAGUUGUAUAAAUGCAGCCUAUGCAAGGCCAACCAAUGUAUCCACCUUAACAAUAAAUGUACCAAUAAUAAUAACAACCAGUUUACCAGUAGCAACCUGUUUAUCAGCAAUAGCCUUAAAUGAUGAUGCAACCAUAGGUUAUGGUCUAACCUUAAGUUAUGAUUGCAUAGCCUGUUUAGCCUGUCCUUUAAAUUGCUCAACCAUUACCCGUUGCAAAUCAAAUGAUGCUACCUAAUCAAGGCUAAAUGCAUACUCCAGGAUCUCCUCCUUUCCCUUAAAUUGAUGCUCUCUUAAAUGCUGUCAAAAGUAGUAAUAACUUUACUGUAAGAUAUAUGGAACCUAAUUUCCGCCCAGAAGGAGGUCACAAAUUUGGUAUUUAUGGCAGAGAGAAAUCAGCUCCUUUCGCUUACGGAUUUGCUAACUCCAAAGGGGAAGCUACUAUCGAAGUUGUAGAUUUCCAUGAUCCUUUUGGUGUUAUUCAAGUUAAAAACACAUCUGCCUAAAUAUAUAACUUGUAAACUGGACAAAGAGAUAUGUUUGGAACAGUAGCUUUAAACAGAGGAAGCUGUGGCUCCUUCUAAGUUGCUGCAGAGUAAAAUGGUAACAGAGUUGCUAUUUUCUAAAAUCGUUAAUUUAGUUUUCUUUGCUGCUGUUGCUGUCCUGUUCUUUAUUUACUUGCUUAUAAAUGCUGCACUAAUAGAGCAGAAUUCACAAUAGUCAAUGGUGAUGGUGUCGAAAUCGGAAAUGCCAAAUAUAAAGCUGAUAGUAUUGGUACCUUCAGAGAAGUAGACAUUAAUAUUAACUAAGGAGGUGGCAAUAUAAAUGCUUUUGUCCUCUUAGAAACUCUUUUAUAUUUUACCUAAAAAAUGAAAAACGUACUUAAAGGUGAAGGAGCUGAUGUCUCUUUCGACUUUUGA